AUGUGGGACACUCUGCAGAAGUUCUCCGGCAAGAUCGACUCGCUGGGAGUCGAGUCGCGCGGACUCGAACGAUGCAUGCCCUACGAACGGUCCCAGUCGCGAGCCUUGGUGCUGUCCAUCAUCGGCUUGUGGAUAUCGGGCUGCGGAGGACUGACGUCCAUGUCCUCGUUCUUCCUGGGCCCGCUUCUGUUUGGCCUCGGAUACAAGGACUCGAUGGUGGUGGGUCUGCUGGGCACAUUGCUCGGCUGCGUUUUGCCUGCCUAUUCCGCAACCUUGGGUCCCAGGUCUGGCUUACGUCAGCUGUGUCUGAUGCGGUUUCUCUUUGGACGGUUUGCGAUCCGGUUUGUGUGUCUGAUCUCGGUGAUCGGCAUGGGGGGUUGGACGGUGAGUAACGCUGUUCUUGGCGGCGAGAUUCUGCGCGGCGUGAGCAACGGGAGUCUGCCCAUCGAGGUCGGAAUCAUCAUUGUCAGUGUUCUGAGUCUGGUCGUUGCUGUCUUUGGAAUCAAGCUUGUUCUCAAAAUCGAGACGGCUAUUGGAAUCGCUGUGAUCAUCACUGUCCUGUUGAUGUAUCCCAUGGCACGCUCAGAAAUUACCAUCAACCACGACACCGUUUCUGUCGGCAGCAAUUUGACAGUUAUUGGCAACCGGCUCUGUUUCUUCACGCUCUGCUAUUCUGUGACGGCAACGUGGGCCGGAAUCGCGAGCGACUACUACAUCCUGUUCCCUGAGAAUUUCGGGCAGACUAAGACUUUCUUUCUGACGUUUUUUGGGAUAGCCGUUCCCACGGUUUUUGGGGCGGUGAUUGGUCUUUUAAUCGGCAACGCGGCAUUGGUGAACGAGAAUUGGAACGCAGCGUACGAAAACGACUCCAUUGGCGGGUUGUUGAACGUUGUUUUUGACAAUUGGGGCAAUUUCGGCAAGUUUUUGCUGAUUGUGCUCUGGCUUUCAUUAAUGACCAACAAUAUCCUCAACCUGUACUCAUCGGCCUUCAUGAUCCAGAUGAUGGACCCAUGGAUCCACCGCAACAUCCCGCGGUGGCUGAUGGUGAUUGCGGUUUUUGCAGUGACACUAAUUUUGGCAAUGGUGGGCCGCAACAAGCUCAGCACCAUCCUGUCCAACUUCUUGCCGAUGCUUGGAUACUGGAUCACGAUCUACAUCGUGUUGCAACUGGAAGAGAGCUUGAUCUUCCGGUCAACUGGUCUGUACAGCCUGUUUCACGCAGAACACAAACACAAGGAGGUGUUCGAGGAGGUGUCCAAGGACCAGACCAACGAGCUCUGUUAUGUUCAGGAAGAACAAAUGGAGAUCAAACCCCGGUAUAACUUUGCCAUAUGGGACAGACCAGACUACCAAACGCACGGAAUCGCUGCGUCGAUAGCCUUUUGCAUGGGAAUCGUGGCGGCCGUGCUGGGAAUGGACCAGGUGUAUUAUAUCGGGGUGCUUGCUCGCAAAAUAGGAGACUAUGGCGGGGACAUUGGAGACUGGCUGAUUAUUGUGUUUACAGGAUUGAGCUAUCCUCCUCUUCGAGAGUCCAGAAUAUGGACCAUCGACAGGAUCCAGGCUGCGGAUUGUUCCUUGGGCUGCUUUUUAGGUUGUUCUGGCGAGCUCACCUGUUUUGUUUCCAAAUCGCGGUCUUUUCCCACAUCCACCCAUCCUGACGAGUCGGCUGAGUCUGGCUCUUGGUGGGUUUGUUCCAACAUCGCGUCUGUGACCACCAGCACGUUAUUCUCGAUGCCCGAUUCAUCUGGUUCACGCGGCUCGUCUGGAGAACACACCCAUUGCUCGUUAUCAACAACAAACUUGUACAUCAGUUUUGUCCCCUCUUCCACGGGUUUGUCUAGUUUCAACGUUGUUUUCCACACCCCGUUGAGGGGAUCAAAUUCCAACUUAUCUUUGGAAGAAGACCAUUCAUUAAACGAUCCAGCAACAUAA